CAACAUUUGAAAAGUAGUAUUAAAAGCGAAACAUUUUAUAAAUAAUUAUUAAAUUUACUUCAAAAUCAAGUCAUGACUGAAGACUUGGCUAAACGAGUGGCCGCUUAUAAGGCGGUCGACAAUCACGUUAAGAAUGGACAUAUUGUGGGCAUCGGCAGCGGGACCACAAUAAAACACGCCAUCCGUCGCAUCAAACAAAACCAAUUGGACGUCAAGUGUAUCGCCAUUAGUCUAGAAGAAAAGGAGUUAUUAGCGGAAAACGGCAUUCCCUUAACGGAUCUCCAGAUUAAUCCAGUGAUGGAUGUCUUCAUCGACGGCUUCGACGAAUUGGACGCCGAGACUAAGGCGUUGAUCGCCGGCGACUGCGAUGUCUUCAUCGACGGCUUCGACGAAUUGGACGCCGAGACUAAGGCGUUGAUCGCCGGCGACUGCGGUCGAGUCACACGCGUUAAACUCAUGGCAAACGCCGCCAAACACACCGUUUUCAUCGCACCCAUCGCUAAGCUGUCGGAAAGUUUAGGGCGUAUCCAUACCCGGGGUAUACCUAUUGUAGUCAUACCUAUGGCCUAUAAAUGUGUGGCCAAUGAGAUCGAGGGUCAGUUGAAGGGUAGGGCUACCCUUCGUAUGGUAUCGCAGGGAUCGGAUCAUCCGUUUGUUACGGAAUGUCAUAAUUAUCUCAUUGAUUGGCAGUUUGAUGGGAAAGGUGUUGAGGGCUAUAAAUGGGAUGAUAUUUAUCGUACCAUUAAACUGAUACCCGGAGUGGUAGACCUGGGGUUACUGUUUAUGAGGGCCGGCUGUUCAACCGCUUAUUUAGGUCGUCCGAACGAUACGGUCCAUACAAUUGACGUAUGA